AUGCACGCCAAAAUUGCUGCCCUUCUUCUCCCGGUCCUCGCUGCGGCCAACCCUGUCCCUCAGACUACUGCUGGUGACGCUCCUUCUCCAGAGCAAAUCACUAUCGUUGACACGUCGUACUCCGGUAACGGCUGCCCUCAAGGCUCCGUUUCUACCAGUACCUCGACCGACAAGACUGUCGUAACUUACGGAUUUGAUCAAUUCCAGACCUACAUUGGUCCUGAUACUACGCCAGCAGACCGUAGCAAGAACUGCCAGCUCCACCUCAACCUCAAGUACCCGGGAGGCUUCCAAUACGCCGUCGUAGAUGCCACCUACCACGGAUGGGCGCGUCUCGACGAAGGCGUGACCGGAAGCUUCAUCACAACCUACUACUUCUCCCAGGAUGCCGGCAAGACGCAAACUACGCGCAUGACAGCCGUUGGCGGCGGCGCCCUCGUCAACGGUCAAGUCUACACCAAGCAAGACAGUGUGGAGACGACUGCGACUAUCUGGUCGCCCUGUGGCCAGAACGGCAUCCUUAACAUCAACAACAGGAUUGCGCUUACGAACAAGAAGCCUGGUCAGGCGGGUGAGAUGAGCAACGAUGAUGCUACCGUUGCUUUCACCCAACAGCUUCAUGUUGCGUGGAGGAAGUGCACGCCCGGAUCUGGAUCUGGUUCUGGUGGCGCUGAUACGAUUGGAAUUAACAACCCGAGCUCGGAGACUACCUUUGGUCAGUAG